AUGUCAAUUAUCGAUUGGCAAACUUUAUUUGAUGAUAUAUUUGAUGGUUAUCCUGAUAAGUGGACAUUAAGUUGUGUUCAUAGAAGUGAUAAACGUCAAAAUAAAAAACUUGAAAAUCAACGUAAAAUGGAAAAAACUGGAUAUGCCAGAUUUCAUUGUCCAAAAUGUUCAAAUGGUUGGGCAUCAGCUAAAGCUAAAGUAGUUUUAUAUUAUCCUAAUGCUAAUGAACCAGUUGGAAGAGUCAGUAUACGAUUUUUUGGACAACAAUGUAAAAAAUGUUGUCGUAAUGCGACUUAUUUUGCUGAUCCAGAAUUUGAGGACGAUUGGAUUAAACCAACUCUAGAAAAACUUUAUGAAAGAAUUGGAUGGAAUUGUUAUCAUCAAAAACGACCAACAAAACCAAUAUACAACGAUCGAAAAGUAACCAACAUUGAAGGUCCUCAUGAAAAAGCAUUGUGUGAAGCUUGUCAAUUAGGUUGUUGUAAUCAAACAGCAAUAAAAAAGAAUCAUUAA